CAAAAAAGAGGAAAUAGUGCAGGUGCGUGGCGCGGCCGGGGCUAGUUUUAACAGUAACACAAACACAAGCGCUCGCUCGAGAGAUUGUUAGGUGCACGCUUGGGUUUUCCUGUUUACUUCGAUCAAAAUAAUUAGAAAAGAAAAAAAAUUAAGGGCGGAAUUCAAUGGCCGAAGCGUAUUGGAGGUACAGCGACAUCCGGCAGCAGGCCCCGGCGACUCUUCAGUUGCCGGUCGCGAAACGUCCUCGUUCUGAUUACGAUGUGCCUAGUGGCCAUGAAUUGUCGAACUACUAUGCUCACGAAGAUGAAAGGGUAUCACACCGUGUCAUCAGAGAUACUGACCCUAUUGGAGCAUCUUAUGACCGUUACCUACGUAGCUCGCAAUUGUCAUCUUACUCUGGUGGGGAGUCUGCAAGAUCAAUGAGUAAUGGACUUGGUGGACAUCCUGUUGAUGAUCCGCGAAUUGUGGGCAUGGGGGGAUCUGAUUUAGCUAUGAGCACAAAGAGCCGGAGCAUGGGUGUAGGUGGUGGAAGAUCUGAACUUCCUCUUCCUCCUGAUGCUUCCAGUACGCUGUUUGUGGAGGGCUUGCCUGCCAAUUGCACACGUCGAGAAGUUUCUCAUAUAUUCCGCCCCUUUGUAGGCUACAAAGAAGUGAGGCUUGUAACCAAAGAUUCGAGGCAUCCUGGAGGUGAGCCGUUGGUCCUUUGUUUUGUUGAUUUUGCAAGUCCAGCUUAUGCAGCUACUGCAAUGGAUGCAUUACAAGACAAACUUAAUCUUGCAGGUUAUAAAUUCGACGAGCAUGACCGUGAUUCUGUGCGUCUAAGGCUGCAAUUUGCUCGCUACCCUGGUGCAAGGUCGGGUGGCGGGCAUCGUGGAAAACGCUGAAUUAUGCAGCUACAGGACCUACCACGAGAGAUGAUACGAUGCCUUGGACUUUUGCGAAUUACAUCGUUUUCCAAAUGGACGCUUUCCCUAGGUCCAGCUUGAAUUGGGUGGGUUGCCGUAUUUGAGUGGUGGCUGCUGAUGUCUUAAGAGCGUGUUAGUGUUUUCUAUUGCUGUUGUUUUUCGUCUCAAAAUCUGGUAUCUAUUCUGAAGUUGGAGGGCAUGCGGGAUAAUGUUAUAGGUCAUGGCAGAUGAUCCUUAUCCUUUUGGCCUUCAAAAUAUAGGAGACUCUUAUACAAGUUAAUGUAAACUAAGUGCGAUUUAUUUAGUUUACUAUUGUGCCAUAUGAUGGUUUUUAAGCUUGUUUACUGAAUCUGUGCUUGAUGAGCACUAUAGCUAUUUCACCCUUUUCCUUCUUUUAUUCUUUUUUUUUUAAAUUACGAUGACGCAACAGACUAUUCAUUUUCUGCCCUAGUUCUUUGGUUCA